AUGAGUCUCCUCGAGCCGCGAUAUGACGCAAACGAUAUCCUCCAGCUGGAUCCGAGGAAAGGCGAGCGGGAUUAUAGCAUAUUGAUCAUUAACCCCAACACCUCAACACAUAUGACUGAAGCUCUGAAGCCCAUAUUGGCUAGCAUGAACUACGGGGACGUGCACUUCGAGUACUUCACUGCGCCUGACUCCACUGUUGAGGUCGACGGAGUCAAGGUUGAGCCAAUUGCCAGCAUCAACAACGCCGAAGAGUCAUGCAAAUCGGCGUUGAAUUGCUGGCCUGUACGGGAGUUUGUCGGCCAUUAUGACGCCUUUCUUGUAGCGUGCUACUCCGCGCAUCCAUUCGUCGGCAAGCUCAGAGAGGAUAUCACGUCUAGCGAAGAAGCGAGCUCAACGAGAAACAAAUAUGUCACUGGGAUCUUUGAAGCAUCCAUCACCGCUGCACUCUCAUUGGUUAGCGGUUUCGCAUUGAAAGGUCCAAUCAAUCUAGCAGAGGGGCUACAAAAGUACCAAGAGAAAGGAAGUUUUGGAAUUGUGACCACUGGCUCAGCGUGGAAGGAGGAGCUCACAAAUGCGGUUCAAGGAGCGCUGGGUUAUGAUCAUGAGGAUGGGACCUCUAUGCACUUUGCGGGCGUCGAGACCACUGGCCUAACGGCAGUUGAACUGCACACCACGGAACCAGAGGAAGUGCGACGGAGGAUCAUCGAUGCUACCCGCAACUUGCUUCGGAACUCGGCAUCUCGUGUUAAGGUUGUUUGUCUGGGCUGUGCAGGUAUGGCCGGCAUGGAGGAGGCGGUACGAGAGGGCUGCAUUCAGGAAUAUGGAACAGAAGGUCAACGUGUACGAAUUGUCGACGGGGUAGUUGCCGGUGCUGGGAACCUCAUCACAGCCUUGAAGGCGGGAUUCUAA